UAAAAAUAGAUUUUCCACUAGGUUGUCUAUAACAAAGUUAAGUGAAGUUAAUUAAGUGUCUUAUUGAUUUAAUUAAGAAGUGAAUUAGCAAGAAAAAGAGAUUAUUAUGGGUUCUCUUAUGGCAGGUUGGGACUCUCAUGUUUCUGAUCCUCAAGCUAUGAAAUAUCGAAAAAAUAAGUCAUUAACAAAGGAAGAUAUAGAAGCAUAUUGGAGAUCCAAAAAACAAAUAGAAGAAGAACAUCAGAGAUAUGUCUCUAUGUUAUCUCCUCAAAGCCAAAAACAGGGACAGGCAAAUAUUGCAUUUGAGGAGGCAGCUAAAGCAGAGGAAGAAAGAUUAAACUCUAAAGAGCUUUCUGAUUUGUCAAGUGAGGAAAGUUUCGAUCAACUAAUCAAGAAAAAUGGAUGGUGGAUGAGUAGCAAUUGGGCACAUUUAAAUGAACCACCAGUGAAAGUACCAGAAAGUGCAGCUUACAAAUACGUGUCACAAUUUCACGUAGCCAACAUGGCUACUGGAUCCAACAAUAAACCCGGUCCAACCGGAAUCAACGCUUUUGGGCACAUUUAAAUGAACCACCAGUGAAAGUACCAGAAAGUGCAGCUUACAAAAUACGUGUCACAAUUUCACGUAGCCAACAUGGCUACUGGAUCCAACAAUAAACCCGGUCCAAUCGGAAUCAAUGCUUGAUCCGUCGGUUUGGCUUUAGACCGGUUAAUUUUAAUUUCUAAUGACAAGUUACUUUUAAUUUAAUUUGUGUAAGUAUGCGUCUAUUUUUUUAAGUUAUAUUUGGAGUUUGUAUUAAGGUGUCGAUGCUUGUAAUGUUAGGACAUACAAGUCGUUGUAACGUGUUUUUUCGUGCUACCUACGACAAAAGUUUUUAAGUAUUUUCAAUUUUGAUAUGAAAUAUUUUUUUUUCAA